AUGUCCGCAUGUGAGUUUGAAUCUCUGGAGAAAUCUCUGGAGUCCCAUCUGCCAGAGGCCGAGUUGGUGGAGGUGAAACGCAUCUUAUUUGGGAAGGAGACGAAGAAGCUGGACCUCUCAGCCUGUGCUGUGGAAGCUGCUUCUGAGCGAGACUUUGAGCUUAAAGGAUAUAAGUUUGAUGCGGCACAGGAACAACUCAGGCCACCCAGAAACAUCCGAGUGGGACUCAUUCAGCACCACAUUGUUCUGCCCACUGAUGCCCCCGUCCUGGAUCAGAUCAGUGCCAUGCACAGCCGAAUUGGUGAAAUGGUUGAGGUAGCAGCCAUGUGUGGUGUAAACAUUGUCUGCUUUCAGGAGACCUGGACCAUGCCCUUUGCGUUCUGCACCCGUGAGAAAGAACCAUGGACAGAGUUCGCAGAGUCUGCUGAAGAAGGAAACACCACACGCUUCUGCCAAGAGCUGGCCAAAAAGUACAACAUGGUCAUAGUUUCACCGAUUCUGGAGAGAGAGGAGUUACACGGCACCCUGUGGAACACGGCGGUGGUCAUCUCCAACUCUGGAAACGUGCUGGGAAAGAGCAGGAAGAACCACAUUCCCAGGAUCGGGGACUUUAAUGAGUCUACAUAUUACAUGGAGGGCAACACUGGCCACACAGUGUUCCAGACACAGUUUGGGAAGAUUGCUGUGAAUAUUUGCUACGGCCGUCAUCAUCCACUCAAUUGGUUCAUGUACAGCAUGAAUGGAGCUGAGAUCAUCUUCAACCCCUCGGCUACAGUUGGAGCUCUGAGUGAACCCAUGUGGUCUAUAGAGGCCAGAAAUGCAGCAAUCGCUAACCACUGUUUUACGUGUGCCAUUAACCGUGUUGGGACAGAACAUUUCAAAAGUGAAUUCACGUCUGGUGAUGGGAAAAAAGCUCACCACGACUUCGGACAUUUUUAUGGGUCCAGUUACGUGGCAGCUCCCGACGGCAGUCGCACGCCAGGCCUCUCUAGGACCCGAGAUGGGCUGCUCGUGGUAGAAAUGGAUCUCAACCUGAAUAGACAAAUAAAUGACAAGUGGAGUUUCAAGAUGACUGGACGGUAUGCUGAGUACGCAGAACAACUUGCCAAAGCUGUUCAGCAUGACUUCAAACCCAAAAUAGUAAAAGAGUAGAACAUAUUCUACAAAUAGUGCACAUUUAUUAUAGCCUAUUGCAG